AUGGAAGAAAAAGACAAGACCUUCCAGAAAGAGCUUUCCCAGGCAAACCAGAGCUUUAAGAAGGAGCUCUCAGACAGUCAGCUUCAGUCCUCAAAGGAGCUCUUCCUAUUGUCUGAGACUUGGGAGAGAAGAGCCCAGCAGUGGAAACAAGAAAAGAGAGAUCUGGAGGAGACGCUGCUGGUGAAAGAGAACAUACUGAAGCACAAAGAAGCAGAGGGGGUGAAAGCAUCUCUUGAUGAGUGGAAAAAGUCCACUAAACUGAAAAGCGUGGAAGAAAAGUGGCAGAGGAAAGUCAGCCAGCUUGAGGAAGUCCUCCAAGAGAAAGAUAAGCUGGUCAGCAGAGCUGAUGACAAAAGAGCCCUUGCUAAGGCUCACACUGACACUUUGGCCCAGUUGGGCGUCACACAGUCAGCUCUGAAACAGAGCAGACAGACAUGUGAGGCUUUGGAGCAGAAGAUCCAAAAUCAGUUGGCUGAAAGUAAUGUGAGCCACCAGAAGAAGCUCUUAGAGCAAGAGAAGGGCUUCAAGAAAGUGCUGGAAGAAAAAGAAAGGAGCUUCCAGAAACAGUUUUCCCAGGCAAAACAGAGCUUUGAGAAGGAGCUCUCAGACAGUCAGCUUCAGUCCACAAAGGAGCUCUUUCUAUUGUCUGAGACUUGGGAGAGAAGAGCCCAGCAGUGGAAACAAGAAAAGAGAGAUCUGGAGGAGAUGCUGCUGGUGAAAGAGAAAAUAUGGAACAAUGAAGAAGCAGAGAGGAAAAAGGAGCUCCAGCACCUCACAAAGAUUCCCUUCCAGCUUCAGCAACUGACAAAAGCAAAGGCAGAACCCAAGCAGAAGAAGAACUUGUGGAGCUGCAGGCUGCAGAAAUAGAACAGCAGCAAAGGCAGUUUUUCUGCUACUUGUCCUUUUCAGGACGACUCGCCUCCCUCAACUCACCCCACCCUUUACCCUAACCCCUAAGACCACCUCCUCUUCGUAUCUUUCCUUCUCUCUUUCUCUCUACUUGCUCCUACUUUCAUGUCUUUCUUGAAAACAGAAUUUAAAUAAAAUUCUGAAAAAAAAGAUAUGUAUCACA